CACGCACCGACCCCGCUGCCCGUCCCCAGCCCCGGCACCGCCAGGGCCGCGCAGCCAUGGAGGGCGAGGCGAAUGGGAGCCUGCACCCCUCCUGCGGCUCCAGCGAGCCGCCCUACUCGGAGGAGCUGCUCCGGAGCCUUGACCUACCAGGGAGAUUUCUCUUUGCAACCUUGACUCUGAUGACGCUCAUUGCCAUUCUGGUGUUUAUAGAGGAAGCAGUGUACAUCUACAGGAAAAUCCCCUCCUCCAAAAGAUCAAUCAUCAUUUGGAUUAAUGCUGCAGCUCCAGUGAUCUCCACUACUGCAUGCAUUGGCAUGUGGGUUCCUCGCUCAACAAUGUUUACAGAUUUCACAGCAGGAAUAUUUUUUGCCAUAGUUAUCCACAAGUUCCUGAUGAUGAUGAUUAAAGAGUGUGGAGGGCAGAAGGUGCUCCUCAGACGGUUUGAAAAUGGUCACUUCACCAUCACCACCGGCCCCUGCUGCUGCUGCUGCCUCUGCCUCCCUCGUGUGCCCAUCACCAGGCAAACCCUCUUUUGGCUCAAGCUGGGCACCUUUCAGAUUGCUGUCUUUCGGCCCGUGCUCGUAUUUUUAUCAAUAGUGCUUUGGACUAAUGGCAAUUAUGUUCUUUACAAUGCAUCUCCCAAAAGACCUGCACUGUGGAUCAACUGCUUCAUUGGUGCCCUCACCCUUUUUGCUCUGUGGGCAGUAGGAAUCAUGUUUCGAAAAGUUAGGAUUCUCCUUAAGUGUAAGAACAUUAUCCCGAAGUUUGCUCUUUAUCAGUUUAUUGUCAUUCUGAACCAGCUGCAGACCACUAUUAUCAACAUAUUUGCUACACAAAAAAUCAUUCCCUGUGCUCCACCACUCUCCUCUACAGCAAGAGGGUCAUACAUUGCCCAGCAGCUGCUGAUCAUGGAAAUGUUUCUGAUAACUGUAAUCUCCAGGAUGGUCUAUCGGAGGAAAUACCACGACCUGGAGCCUCCAGAGUGCGUGGCUGAAGAACCUGGGGACAAGCAGCAGACUCCUAAAAGUAUCCUGAAUGGUGCAGCUGUGCAAGAUGCAUUGCCAAAGGUUUAGAAGUGCUCCUGUUAUGCAGGAGCUGUAAGAUCAGCUUCAGGAACUUCUUGCACCAAAAAUAGCCACUGUCCAUGUCAGAACAUGGCAUGAGUGCCUGUGAGCUGCAGUACUGAAAGACCAGUAAAGAUAAUCCUGUUGAUCCA